AUGGCAGACGGCGCAGGAUCAGAUGCCAAGGCUGCCAAUGAACCGGAGAAGAAGAAAUGCCCGUGGUUAGAUGCAUGGCACGACCCGGUGGCUGGAAUGAGCUGCUAUUCGUCGUUCCUGUGCCUUGCCGACCUCGCCGCUGAUGGCGAUCACCGCCUUGUGAUGGUGGACAUGAAGAAGCGAAUUCGCAUGUACAAGGGGACAACUAUCCAAUGGGAGCACAAGCUGCCAGAUGUGCCCUGUGCUGUACAGUCCUUCUACCACGAGGCUGGACAUCCACCGAUUCCCACCCUGGCUGUCGCAAGCGGACACCGGGUCUUGAUCUUUCGGAACAUGCGGCCUUCGAUGCAGUACAGGCUGCCAGCUUUGGAGAUCGAUCCAGUCGAGAGAGACAUUUGGCAGGACCUGACCCAGGACGGAGCUGAUGUCCAAGCGGGCUUCGACAAAUUGAACGCGGCUCGUGAAAACGGAACAGCCUUGUCCAACCAGUCGAUUGACUUUCUUGCCGUGGAGGACCUGGAGUCACAGACGGAGUACGUCCGCGCGUGCAGGCCAAACGAGGACCAUCUGCUGCAGCAACAGACUGCGAUAACAUGCAUGGAGGUCCUGAAGCAGAACAUGGAUGAGCCGACUGCUGUCAGCAUGUUGGUGAUUGGUACUGAGAACAGGAUGAUUUACAUCCUGAACAGCUCCGCUCUGGAGAUUGCAGCCAAGGUGAAGCUCGAAGCAGUGCCUACAUUCAUUUCCGUCCUGGGACUCUUCGAUGUGGAGUACAGGAUAACUGUGGCAUGUCGGGAUGGCAACAUCUACACCGUCAAGAAUGGACAGGUGCUGAGCAAUGUAAUUGAACUGGAGACGCAGCCGGUCGGACUAGUCCGAUUUGACAAAAACGUCUAUGUUGGCUGCAUGGACAAUGUAAUCCACUGUUUUCACUUCAAGGGCAAGAAAAACCAUUCGAUAUAUUUGCCUUGUCCGAUAUCUUGCAUGUCGCUCCUUCAAAUCACAAAAUCACGCGUUGCAAAGGCUCUCGUGGUAGCACUGCAGAACGGAGAGGUGAGGCUGUACAACGGCAAGCACCUCAUCGCUACUGUGGAAACGAAUGAUGUGGUAACCGGUGUGAAGCUGGGUACCUUUGGCCGGGAGGAGGGCUCUAUGGUCCUCAGCUUCAAAUCAGGAGCACUCAUGGUCAAAAUCUUGCAGCGAAAUGCCAACUUGGACGGUACAUCUGUGACCGUUGGCCCACCGCCAGAGCAGGACAUACCCUUGGAUGUGCCCAAGAAGACAAAGCUGUACGUGGAGCAGACCAGCAGGGAAAGAGAGCAAGCCAUUGACAUGCACAGGACCUUUCAGCGGGACUUGUGCAAGCUACGGCUGUCCACCGCCCGCGCGUACGUGAAUCUGUUGGGAAGUGGCCAUGGACCCAUGUCCACAGCUGCAGGUGCCCAGGUUCGCAUCAAUGCGCAGGUCCUAGGCAUGGGCCCACAGUUCAAGAUUCUGGUCCGGAUACAGAAUGCUGGUGCCACUGCACUCUACGAUGUGCCGGUUCAUUGCACGACCAAUCAGAAUCUGUAUCGUAUACCCAGGCCCAGCUUCUUCCUGCCCGUAUUGGUUCCUCAGCAGGUGUACCUGGUUGAGAUCCCACUCACGUGCAUCAACGAGAACGGCGGAACUGCGGCAGUCCGCAUCUUUCUGGCGAAUUCUCAAGGGACGAUGCCAUUGAUUUCAGCCGCUUGCUCGCGUGCAGUCGACACCAUUUAA